CCCUGGAGAACACAGGCAGGGGGGUGUGAAUGGGUGGGUUUCCCCAACUAUUUAAACAGAUUCCAACAGAUGGUCGAGGAACUUUCCUCCUGGGGUCACGUUGCUCUUUCUUCCCAAAUCCUCGUCUGCUCUGCAACGGACCUGACCGCCUCCACAUUUCUCUCCCUUCCCUCCCCAAAAACCUCUCUCAACUGCUGGAACAAGCAAAGGGAUCUCCCCAGACAGACCGUUAACUCUUUCUCUGUCACCCCAAAGACGAGACGUUGUCUGGCCCUCCAUCUUCCCUUCACUUCAGCAGUUUGUCCUCCCCAGCAGUCCUCCACUGUGGGAUCAGACAUCCAGCGUCUUAACCCAGCGGGGACGGUGAAUCAUGCCCUCCGACUUUCUGACGCCUUUCCUGGAACUGGAUGAGGAGUUCUGCAAGAAUUUCCGUGGCCUCGAGGCGACAGAUGGCUCGCCUGCCGGCUCACAGCAGCAACGGCAGCAGCACCGUCUGAGAGUCCUGGGCUUCCAGCGUCGUCACUCUCUCUGCCCCGUCACCCUCCCCAACUCCAAGUUCAACAGCAGCAGCAGCAGCAGCUCUGAGGUGACCGACUCGGCCUGCUGGGGGCUCAACAUGGCCUCCACCCCGCAGUGGAACAGGGAUGCUCAACUUCCCCGCUCCACGCUCAGCCACAUCCCCUUCAGAGUCGACCGCUCUGUCAGCAUGAUCGAGGGCAACAUCAGCAGCCCUCAGGACAAAAUGCCGAAUGUAUCCCCACCCGUGCUGCUCCCUCCACCGGGCCUCUGCAUCAGCAACACCUCUCUCUCCUCAGCUGCUUCCCCCUCUGCUGCAAGACCCCCGGCCCCAGCCGCUCACAUCUCCACCCGCUACAAGACCGAACUGUGUCGCACCUAUGAGGAGAGUGGCACCUGCAAGUACGGCACCAAGUGCCAGUUUGCCCAUGGCUAUGAUGAGCUCAGAGGUCUCAGCAGGCACCCGAAGUACAAGACGGAGCCAUGCCGCACCUUCCACACGAUAGGCUUCUGCCCGUACGGCGCCCGCUGCCACUUCAUCCACAACGCCGAUGAGGUCGACACUGGCAGCGCUCCCCAGAAACAGAAGAUGAGGCCUCCCCUGCUGCGUCACAGCCUCAGCUUUGCAGGCUUCUCCUCCUCUCCACAGACUUUCCAACCAGUUGAGGAGCUGCAGCCUUCUUCCCUCCUCUUCACCCGGGCCUCCUCUGUCUCCCCUUCCCCACCUUCCACAGGGAGCCCAGAGCUCCUGUCUCCUCUCUUCCCUGAGCCGGGGCCCCUGAAGCAUUGCCCCUAUCCCUUUUCUGGCAUAACCGACCUGACAGGAGACAGCAGUGAUUCAGCCCUGCGUUUCUACGCUGUGACCGACUCUGUCAGCGCCAGGUGUCCCACCUCCAAAAGCCCAAACCUACCAUACCAACUCCCCCAGCAGCUGCCCGUCGGCCUCAAAGCCCCUCCUGGGCUUCAGCGCUGCUCCUCAGCUGACUCCCUGUCUGAGGAAGGCUACACCUCCUCCUGCUCCCUCAGCUCUUCCUCCAGUGGCACAGAGUCACCAAGCUUUGAAGGCCGGCGCCUGCCCAUCUUCAGCCGCCUGUCUGUUUCAGACGAGUAGGGAAGGGUUUUACCACAGGGCUGAAUUUAAUUAGGGAUAGAUGCUCUAAUUGUUGAAGUCUAUGUGACCGGGAUCUGAUGUUGGGUUUUUCUGUCCAGUCCAAAAACACGCAGUGUUGAGGCUCGUCUUCUCCUCACAGUAUUGGGUCUAAAUAAAGUAGAAACUCGAUUACCAAAACUACACAGUUCAGAUGAAGUCACAAAGGAUUUAAACAUUAGGUUUUCGGUUCCUCCCUGAAUGCAGCUGGGUAAACGUACCUAACUUUGUGCAUAUUGCAUUUCUCAUCCAAGCAGUUGUAGCGCUGCUCAGUGUUCGUCCAGUUUUAGCUGACUUGUCCUUUUGAUUUAUUGUUAUUUUUGUAAGGUUGUUAUUUUAUGCCAUUGUUACUGCUGUAUACUGUUGUAUACCCAUUUUUUAGAGAAUACCUGGAGGGUGCGUCACUAAGCUGUUCCAGCUCAGUGGGAAGUUCUGUGUGAGAACUUCUUGUACCCUGAUUUAAGAUUAGAGCUGUUUGCCCUGUGUAUGACUGGUGUGCUAUCCACUUUUUUAACAUAGCAGUGUUGUUUUUUUUACAGAUUUGAUUUCCUAAUUUUUUUUCCUCCUUACAAACUGUUUCAGUGACGCCAGCCUGCAGCACUUCUCCAGUCAUGUUCAGGGCUCUCUGUAUGAAUCCAGCCUCUUGUCCAUGCGUAAGAGGGUUAACUGACUGUAUGUCGUCACUGUAUGAUUGACUGAUUGAUUGAUUGAUUGGCUGUGUAGCUGUGGCGACUUGAUUGUAUUUGUCAGCCAAUUUAACUGCCUGGCAAGGGUUCAGCUAAACUGCCUUAGCAACAAAAGAUAGCACAAGUGUAGGCGACCCACUGACUCUCUAGUUACCAAAGUUGAUGUUAGAUUUCCCCUAACCUCCUAGUACUGAUAACAAGUAGCCUAGCCUUUAGCAGCGACAGUUAAUAUACAAUGUUAUGAUUAUUGUUAUCAUAGCUUAACAACUUUCUAGACUUAUUUAUUGCUUUUCAUAUAAUUUGGUUUUUUUUUGGUUGUUGUUUUUGUCGGUUUCAUGUGAUUGUUUUUAUGCUUUUUUGAGAAAUUAUGCUUUACUUAUGCAUCCGUGAUGUCCAUCUGCUUUUCAUGCUAUCCAGUAGCUUUAAGAAGGCCCAUGGAGAGGAGAGGGAAGGAGUAAGAAAAAACAUUUUGGCAUUCCACAUGUAUGUUGCCUUAUUGGCUAAAAGGCCUGGCAGAAAUCAAGACUUGCUGAAUCUUCACAUCACAGGCAGCUCAACAAGUCAGUCGGUACAAAUGAUGGCGAGACAUCUUUUAAAAUCACCACUUUCUGUUGCUGGUGUGAGUUUACAGUGAGUCUACUCUCCUCUCCGUUCAGCCUCGCACCUCUGACUGUAAUAACCUUCCUCCAAUGUUUAGUGCUGAUAUCUACGCAAAGCAAAGUGGUGGAGAAGGAGACGUUCACCUGACAUUCAUGGUGUCAGUGUGAGUUAGCAGUAUGUGUACAACCAUCAACCAUCAGAAGAUUAUUUUGAUGAAGAAGAGUGUUAAUAUGUGUGAUUAAUCUGAGUGUAUGUCAGGACUGCUGUAUUACUGCAAUGUUGACUUUGUGCGUGAAAAUUCCUACCUGUGUGUUAUCUCCUUCUCCUGCGAUGUAAACAAACAGGUAAAAAGGUGGCCGCUGUUUAUAGUUUGAUUUUUAUCUAUCAGAGUUGCCUUGAUGACAAUGUGUUUGUAGGUCCACCUCUGUUGCACGCUAGCUAGCUAGCUUGUUAAAUCUCUGGGCGGCAGGAGAAAUCAAACGAGUUCAAAAGAAAAUCAGGCAAGUUUGUAAUUGUUUGUUUUUUUGUCGUGAAAUCGACCCAACCUGCCCCGACGAGUCCGGAGACGCUCGUCGCUUGUUGCUGCAGCUUAUUGUUAGCUCGACUCGACAGCAAGCCGGUUUUGUUACUCUUGUUAACUUAAAGUCUUAUUUAUUUUGUUUUUCAAAGCAAAACCUAUAUUGUGUUGUUUGAUAUCGUGUUUCUGUUUUACAUAAUUUAAGUGCAUUUAUUGUUUACAUUCCAUUGGUUAUGGUUGAUAUCCUAGCUCUUUAUCUUAAUAUAUUUGUCCAUCUUUAUUUCAAAAUAAAAGUCUUUGAA